AUGAAGAAAAAGUUAGACGGAGCAGCUCAUCAUCCAAUUCCAGAUGACCAGGAACCAUCAGAAAGUGAAGAGGAUGAUUCAGAAGAAGAAAACAGCAAAUCAUUGUGUACGUUAAGUGAAGGUCCAGAGGAUCCAGUAACAGUUUGUGAAGAGCAGCCUAAUGGUGAUGAUGAAAGCCUAAAAGAAGCUGCAGUGUUGUCAAGAGAAAGGUCUCCCAUCGCUGUGUCUGAGGUCUCAACAAUGUCAAACAGUGCAUUGAAAAAUAAAUUGCCUGUAGAAAGUGACAGUUCUCUUCUAAUAGAUGUAAAAUGUUUUUCUACUGAAAACCUAACCAAAAAUGCAUUCGAUGAUGAGGAAACAAAUCAAAGGCACAAAGAAAAUAUUUGCAGAACCAGUUUCCUAAAAAUAAGCAAUGAUAAAAAUUCCAUCCAGGAAACGGAAGGCAUCUCUGAAGAUUAUAGCACACCACUGUUAAGCACGGAAAACAAACUCGGAUCAUAUCAAACUACACGUGAACCUGACAUGGAAGCUAAGCUGUUAAGUUUAAAUGGUGAAGAAGAAGAAAUCUCUCAGUGUUACAAUUCAAACGUACAUGAUAACGUGCCUGAUGAUAACACAGGGGACAAUGGUGCAUUAAAAGCAGAAGAGAAUAGCUCUAAUGCCUGGGCUUUUUUUUCAAUUAAUUUGCCUACUGCGGAAUUGCAGCUGGGCUUUGAUACGCAAGUUUCUCUCUCUUCUUGGUCUGAGGAUAAAUUCGUAGGUGAACAAAGACCCCGAAAAAUGAGGAGACCUAAACAGACCUAUACAAACAGUUCGACACAGCUAGACUACUCUCAGUCAAAUGAAGGAUUGGUAAAGGAAAACCAUCAGGUAACAGUAACUGAGGAGGCUGGUAAUAUAAUAAGCAAUGGUCUACUGGCAUCUCCAGCUGGUGAAGUGCACUUUGAUUCCCUUGUGGAAUCCAGGGCCACCUUCAUGCGGUGUUCGAGUGAAGUGGAUGUUCCAAGAAAUGAUGCUGCACCGAUUACAUCGAAGAGGAAAAGACACAGAAGAAUUGUCAACUUGGCACCAAAGUUUAAUCUACCAAGACAGAUUGCUGGUAGUACAGAGGGAGGGAAGGAAGUCCCAAGAAAAGAUGAUGUUCCCUUGAAAAGUGUUUUAGAAGUGGAGCAAAAGAGCUUUCUAAGCAAGGACCAUGGAGAGGAACAUAAACAGAACCAUGCAUUGCAGGAAUACUCUGCACCUUACAGUGGCACCGAGGCAACCUGUUCCUUACCCAUCUCGGAUGCAGAUGCUCUGUUACAUGAUAUUUCUUACAGUGAUUUGGGACAAUCUUCUCCUAUGCCAAAAUAUUCCUGCAGGGUUUCUGUAGUUUCCAGGGCAAAGGAGGAGCAAGCUAGAACUCUUAAGCAACAACAGGUAGUUGAUAAAAAGGAGGGUGAGAGUGAACAAGUUUCUUCAGAGGUUACAAAUAGCCAACCAGAUAUUUUGUCUUCUGUUAAAGUUGUUUCUGAAUAUCCAGAAGAUUCUAGUAUAUUGGCAAGCUGCGGUGAAAAUGUGCAUGAAGCAGAUGACCCUGAGCCAGCAGAGGCCUCACAGCUUGAAGAUAAUCAAGAUGUGAAUAUGAAAUGUAGUUUUUUGGGACUUCCCUUAUCAUUAGGAUUUGCUUUUCAACUUGUGCAGCUCUUUGGUUCUCCAGGUCUUCCACUGGAAUCCUUGUUGCCAGAUGAUUAUAUAGUUCCUCUUGACUGGAAAGUUUCAAAGAUGAUCUAUUUACUGUGGAAGACCUCUGUGGAGGAGAAACAAAAAACAAAUGGAUUGCAGAAUGGAGAAGCCUUGCCUGAUGAUAUUACUAGUCUUGAAGAUCUAAAUAAAAAUGGCCAAGAGAACCAAGACUCUUCUGAAACACUUCCAGAAAUGGAGCUGUUUCAAGGGGUGAUAGAGGAGAACAUCAUGACCUAUGCUAGCACUGGCUGUCUGGAUGCUGUGUUUCAUCAGUCGUGAUUGACCAUCUUAAAUUCUGCAUGAAGGAAAAGAAACUUCUCACUUUGAUUCCACCACAGAAGGAAUUCGGUUGGCCACCAAGGAUUAUAAAUGUGAGGAAUAACCUGGA